AUGGCUGCUUUGAUAACAGCCACACUUCUUUCUCUUCUGGCUAUUGCUAACUGCCAAUGGGCAUGCCAAAAUACCACGUGGAGCACGCCAAUAGCCCAGUAUCCCACGAAUGGCAACUUCUCGAUUCCAGCUAAUUUCAACUGUUCUUAUACGAUUACUGUCUCAAAUGGAUCGGUAGCCGAGUUGAAUCUUACUGCAAUUGUACACGAGGCUGACCAUAUCUAUGUUUCAUAUGGUAAUAGCUCCAGACAUGAAAUUCCUCAAGAUGGAUCGUUUAUUCUAUCGAUUCUUCCCCCAUCCGCCGUUUUAACAGUAAUCUCGGCAGUGAAUUCAACGAGCAGUAAUAUUAGAGCUUCGCUUAAUUUGAGAUCAUAUAUGGCAAACGUAACAAUCAAAAAUUUCGGAAGUCUUCAGCAUGGUGCUGUAUUCAAUGUUUCUGCAUCUCAUGAUACAACAUUUGUACUGAAUGCUGACAAUAAGGUCGCAGUUCAUGCAUUUCCUGCUCAAAAGCUAGGCUCAUUAGUAUCGAUAUUACUGUACGAUGGUAAUAUUAACAAUCAACAAGAGCUCAAAUUCUUGGGAACGCUAUAUGAGACUUAUAUGAACCAAAAGCCAACUAUUUCCCAGGGACAGUCUAUGACUAUAAAAUGUAUCUCACCAGAUGUGAUCAACUACUUCUAUGCACAUGAUUCUUCUGCUAUAACGGGCUACUCGGAAAUCAAAACUUACAUUUCACCUGCGGCGCAAGGAUCGACCAGGCAAUUGGAUUUCAAUGGGUUAAACGGAAGUGCAGUUGCGAUGGUGUUGAACACAUCACCCAAGCAUGAAUAUUAUAUGACAAAGUAUAGUUUGAUGUCGAAGCCCGACGAUAAGAGUGCUCUGUUAAAAGUCUUUCCUGUGUUCCCUUCUCCAUUAAUAAACUUAGAUUUGCUGUCACUGAAGGCAUACGUUAAUAACUCUAUGAAUGGUACAGAUCAAAAUACCGAACUACCGCAAGCUUUUAUGGGACCACUCCGUUGUUUUAUGAUAUCUAAUGGAUCAGCUCAUAUAGAACUAGGAGGAGAUGCGUCAAAAGACGAAUGGCAAACCAUCGGUAACAACCGAGUCGGAAUUUUGGACAUUGAAGGUCUAGCAAGUGGAGAAAAAAAGAAAUGGGAUUUCCAAUCGAAGACACAGAAGAGGGUAGUCCUAACCGUAAACUGUGACAACGAUAAGGAUAUGAUUGUAGAACUAACUCACGACGGUAACACAACAACACUGAACAAAACAGCAGCAACAGAAACUGUUAUGACUAAUUUCUCUAUCAAUACCGAGUUGAAGAAUAUCUCUGCUCUGGGAUGCAACGUCAUGUUUUCAGCUUAUGACAAUGGAUACUCUUCUUCAUUCCAAAUUCUCAGUUUCAUACUCCCUGCAUUGAUAUUCAUCUUCAAUCAAUAUGAUGUACUUAACUGA